AUGCUCUCUGCGCUAGUUUCAGGCUUCAUCUUUUACAACGUCGGCUGGUUCAUAUGUGUGCUGGACCUCUCCGAGGCUCGUCGGGACGGCGAGAAGGACAUCGGCUUCAUAGGAGAGCACUACCUCGGCGAGCCAGGCGACACCAUCGAAAUGGUGCUAGUAUGCCGCAAAGACCUGGACAUGUCGCCGGGCAAGCUUGCUUUGCAGUGUGGACAUGCGACGGUGGGGAUCUACAGGAGGCUGUGGAGGAAGAACAUUGGGAUCGUAAAGUCUUGGGAGGAUGCAGGGCAGAAGAAGAUCAUCCUAGAGGUCGCAGACGAAGAGAGCAUGCUGGCGGCGCAGAAGCAGGUAGGGGAGAAGGGAUUGCCCACGUUUUUCGUGCGAGAUGCAAGAGAAGAGUUUGUGGUGAGUUAG